ACCUGAUAGGGGGCUAAAUUAGACAUUAUAAUAUAUGUUUUUAUUACUCUCUUUCUUCCGAGCUGACUGUGUCGGUGUGUGUGUUUAAUUUCAGGCGGAUCAUGAGCAAAGAUUCCCAGAUGAGGGCUGCAAUAAAUCAGAAGCUGAUAGAGAUGGGGGAACGGGAGCGGUUGAAAGAGUUGCUCAGAGCGAAGCUGGUGGAGUGUGGGUGGAAGGAUCAGCUGAAAGCACACUGCAAAGAUGUGAUCAGAGAAAAGGGCCUGGAGCAUGUCACAGUGGAGGACCUGGUCACAGAGGUCACACCAAAAGGCAGAGCACUUGUACCAGACAGUGUGAAGAAAGAACUCCUCCAGAGAAUCAGAGCUUUUUUAGCUCAACAUGCAACCUUGUGAAUGACACACUUCCCUUUUUUUUUUGUUUGUUUGUUUGUUUGUUUGUUUUUACUCACAGUUGAUCCACGAGUGAAAUCCAAACUGUUGUUUAUUGUGUUCAUUUUAGUGCUAAUUUUAUUUUUUAUUGUGUGUUUUCAUAUUGAUUUUUAGUUUAUGCUGCAGUUUUGGAGAAGAAAAAUAAAGUCAUGCCUAUUUUGGUCA